AUGCUGUUGCUGAAGCGCAAGGCCCCGUCGCCAUCCCCGAGCGGCUGGUCGACGGAGGCUGAACCGACUUCUUUUCGCUGGAGCCAGGUUUCUCCCUCGGUAUCCGAGUAUAUGCAGACUUCGGUAGUCUCUGCUGCCCCCGACAGCGAAGGCAGAGACAGCGAAAGUCUCGCAAUGAGCGCGUUUCAUUCUGGCGUCCCCUGCGACGGCGCUGCGUCACUUGAAGGGUCCUUCUGCGCGUCGUCACCACACCCCUCUGGCCUUCCUCCUGCCAAGCGCCUGUGCCUCUUCGCAGAGUCCCUCGGGCGCGAGCAGAGCGUCGCAGGGCUUUGCAGCGCGGGCGGCAGGGACGUGCGUGGCAUAUCUUGCGAUUCGUUACCAUCUUGCGCGCGAGUCGACACUGCUCCUUCUGCAGCUUCUGGCGCGUUCGCCAGUCCGCCAGGCGCGUCGCGGGACCCGGGCUCGCAGCCGUGGCGAGCGCGUGGCGCGGAGGAAAGCCGCAGCUGGCCGCAAGGCUAUUUCCUGGCAGCUGAGACGCCUGGGGAGCCACAUGCCAGGGCGACCGCAAGGCCAAACAGGCUGAAAGAGAGCGCGGACGCCGGCGGACACGUGGAGACGGUUUGCGAGGCCGCGGACGCCGAGGAUGUGGUUGAGAACCCUCGGGAAUACCAGCGGUGGCUGUGGACCAACAAAAACGUGAGCAUGGGCGCCAUUCUCUUCGGGACGUCUUUUUCACGUCGGCGCAUGCGGCCGUUGCACGCACACAGCUAG